UUUUAUAAUUAGUUAUUAUUUCCCCUGUUAAUUAUGGAUGUAACUGAGAACCAUAUGGAAGAAAUGGAAUGCACAUUUGCUGUAGUAGGAGGCGGGAUUGCUGGAGUAUCAUGUGCUGAAGGAUUAAGCUUCCUUAAUCCAGAGGAGAGCAUAAUUUUGAUCACUGCUAGCCCUUUGGUGAAAGCUGUAACAAAUAUAGUUCCGCUUGGCAGAACUUUAAUGCAUUUUGACAUAGAGGAAAAAAGCGCUGUAACUUUGGGUGAAAGAUACAAGAUGUUGCAAGUUAUUCAGGAUACUGUGAUCAAGGUUGAUACAACCAAGAAGCUGAUAGAAACUUGCAGCGGAAAAGUCAUAAACUUCAAGAUGCUCUGUCUUUGUACUGGUGCAAAACCUAAAUUGAUAGCAGAAAAUAACGAUUUUGUCGUAGGUAUUCGUGACACAGAAUCCGUAACACAGUUCUCCCACAAACUGAGAAAUGCCAGAAGAGUUAUGAUUAUCGGCAACGGAGGAAUCGCAACCGAGAUCGUAUACGAGAUGAAAGGUGUCGAGAUAAUUUGGGUUAUCAAAGAUAAACAUAUUUCCGCAACUUUUGUCGAUCCCGGAGCCGCCGAAUUCUUCUUAAACAAGAUAUCCAAGUUCAAUACAUCAGAAAACUUUAGUAAGGAUGCGCCAACCAAGAGAAUGAGAUACGUAAUAUCAGGUGGUAUACCGAUUAAAAAUGGAGCCGCUCUUGGCCCAGACUGGCAAAGCAGUUUCAACAUGAGUGGCACGCUUUCCAAAUCCACAAACGUGCGUGUUGAAUAUGAAUGUGAAGUAUCAAGACUGUUUACUCCCGACGAACAGAAGCAACUUGAUUCUACGGAAGAAUGGCCGAUCUACGCGCAACUGACGAACGGCAAAAUUAUCGGGUGCGAUCUUAUUAUUUCGGCAACAGGUGUCAUCCCAAACUCUGGCAUAUGCGGAUUGGAAAAUGUCGAGAGAGGUGAGGACACUGGACUAUUAGUAGAUUGGAAAUUGGAAACUUCGCAGAAGGAUAUCUACGCUGCCGGAGAUGUAUGCACUGCAAAUUGGCCGAUAGCAAAGCACUGGUUUCAAAUGCGGCUCUGGACGCAGGCUCAUCAGAUGGGUCGUUACGCCGCGAAGUCAAUGGUUUCGCGUCUAAAAGGUGAAGAUUUCCUACAAGACUUCUGUUUCGAACUCUUCACUCACGUGACUAAAUUCUUCAAUUAUAAAGUUGUUUUACUCGGUCUGUACAAUGGGCAGACUUUGGGAAAGGAUUACGAGAUACUUUUACGAAUCACCAAAGACCAAGAAUAUGUCAAAAUUAUCUUACAAGAUGGCAAAAUGCAGGGUGCAGUACUCAUUGGAGAAACGGACUUGGAGGAAAUGUGCGAAAAUUUGAUACUUAAUCAGUUGGACUUGAGUAUAUAUGGGGAGGAACUGUUGAAUCCUGAUAUCGACAUUGAAGAUUAUUUCGAUUGAUAAAAUAUUUUUUUUUAGUAAUGUGCAUUCAAUUUUAAAUUUUCGUAAAUUUUGCGUAAAUUUCGCUGUACUAAAUGUUUACAAUAAAAUUUAAUUUAAUACUAUA